AUGUCGCUGAGCCCGUCACCCUCCUCAAAGCACCCGCCUCCAGCCGAGGUACAUGUGUCGGGGGUGAUCGAGUUAGGACCGGAAGCUCGGUUCGUCCAGAGUCCAGCGAAACGGGACGACGAAGGGGUAUCGGACUCCGCGGUGAUGUUCCGUUCGCCGGGGGAAGGGCAUCAAUUGACGAGGAGAAGGCGAGCAGUAGGGCGGGGGGUAGAGGGUCCCUCGUUGGCCCCUGGCUUGUGUAUUGAUACCUCUUUGGAGGAGGACGAUGAUGCUACUGCUACGCCACUGCCACCGACGAGCAAAAAGCAAGCGGAGAUGUUCAGUCUCGAUGAUACUGGUGGGCAUCUUCGACUGUCGCGAUUGAGCAAGGAGGGGCUUGACGCUACUGUUAUACUCGCCGAGAAGGACAUGAGCUGGCUCGGGGAGUCUCCCACCGACACCGAGAACAGCGACUGUGAUGAGGCCCAGGCGGCUGCUAGGGCAAGGAGCCCCACAGGGCGCCACUUCCACGUUUGGGAGGUGGGGGGGAAGACUGCCAAAAGGGGCGGCGACAGACCGAGACGAGAGGCGAGGAAGGAGAGGAAAGGCCGCGUUGUACAGCAGUUCAGGAGGGCUGUAUACGAACAUCAACACGCUGAAGAGCUAGCUAAGAGGAAAGUGUUGAUGGAAAGUCUCUCCUCAUCUGCUGGGGUGGUAGAUGUGAUUAACUUGAAAAAAGGAGAAUCUGUGAAGUCUCGUAUGCCCACGAUGGUGCAGGGUGGCUGGGUACGGGGAAAGGCGCUCGGAUCGGGCACAGCAGCAACUGUGUACCUUGCCAAGAGAUCCGUCGAUGGUUUUCUAUUCGUGGCGAAAGAAGUUCCACUGCCCGGAAAGGAUCUACUGUGGAGCGACCUGUCCCGUGAUAUGCGUAGAGGCUUCGGAAAACGAGAGUGGGAGGCGACGGCUGUUGUUGACUCAGGAAACGAGGCUAUUGUUCUCUCCAGAGCUCGCCACAUUGAAGGAGUUGUGGAGUUCUUUGGCUGCGAGAUUAUCGCCGACAAGUUUUACAUUUAUAUGGAAUACCUCGGGGGAGGCACACUGGCGUCGUUGGCACCAUCAUCACCAUCAAAAAGGCUCCCAGAGCGACAGGCUGCGAGGUAUCUUCGAAAAGUGUUGCGGACAUUGCAGGCCCUGCAUCACGGUUCGGGAGGGCUGAUGGGAUCUCGGGAAGGGAUGGUAUUGGCCCUCGAAGAUAGGGGUCAGCUUAUCACACCGAUCAUGCACAGAGAUGUUAAAGUUAUUGGCUUCGCUCCGCUAGAGUCUACAUUCACGAGAGAGGGAGAGGCUGAGGGACAGAGCGGUGUUGUUAUGGAGUCGUCGUUGUCAACGUCGGAAGUGUUGCAAGCGAAUUCAGCGGAGCGAAGAUAUGCUGACCCGCAAUUCUUCUUUAAGUCCAUGAAGGGGACUCUGUUGUGGAUGGCACCAGAAACCUUGGGAGGCAGCGAAUACUCGGCAAAGGUUGACGUAUGGUCAAUUGGUUGCCUGCUCAUCGAGAUGGUAUGUGGUCGAGACCCUUGGAAGGAGUUUGAUAACGAGAAGCUGUACAAAGAGACCCCGAAGCUCGACCGACUUGCGCUGAGCUCCUCCAACACCCCUUUAUAG